UUAGGGAAACUCCCCUUUCAGCACCCUGGACAGAGGCAGCGCUGACCGCUGAUUAUUUCAGCUGAAGUAGGGUUGCAGGGUGCAGGCUCACUUUCCCACCUCUCAUUUCAGUGGUAUCGACACAACGUUAAAGAUCAACUUGAUGAAUAUUCAAAGUUUCAGUUCCCGCUGGCUGACGAAGGGGAAAAAGUCCACGGAAGUUCUUUUUAACUUUUUGCCGAAAUUCAUCCAGAGUCGAACAAACCUCAGCUUCAUCUCCAGAGGAUAAGUCUCCAGGACAGUGCGGGGUUUUGAAUCCUCAUACUCAGUGUCGCUUUAGAGGUUUUGUUGUUGUUGUUGCUGCUGAAUCACAGACGUGAGUCUUCGUUUUGGAGCAUCUUCAAAAUGCUGCUUGAACACCCGGGAUCAAGCUGUCAAAACACCGGGAAUUUCUCCCGGUACAAUUCUGGCCAAGAAAUCCCAAUGUGUGCAGGCUGCAAUCAACACAUCGUCGAUCGCUUUAUUCUCAAAGUGCUUGAUCGCCACUGGCACAGCAAGUGCCUGAAGUGCAGCGACUGCCAGGCACAACUGGCGGACAAGUGCUUCACCAGGGGCGACAGUGUCUACUGCAAAGACGAUUUCUUCAAGAGAUUCGGGACCAAAUGCGCAGCAUGUCAGCAGGGGAUUCCGCCCACACAGGUGGUGAGGAGGGCGCAGGACUUCGUCUACCACCUGCACUGCUUUGCCUGCAUUGUAUGCAAGCGGCAACUUGCGACAGGUGACGAAUACUAUCUGAUGGAGGACAGCAGGCUGGUCUGCAAGGCCGACUACGAGACCGCCAAGCAGAGAGAGGCCGAUUCUACAGCAAAAAGGCCACGAACGACCAUCACUGCGAAACAGUUAGAGACACUGAAGAACGCUUACAAUAACUCUCCCAAACCAGCCCGCCACGUGCGGGAGCAGCUGUCAUCGGAGACGGGCCUGGAUAUGCGGGUUGUGCAGGUGUGGUUUCAGAACAGGCGAGCUAAAGAAAAAAGGCUGAAGAAAGACGCCGGGCGCCAAAGAUGGGGGCAGUACUUUCGCAAUAUGAAGAGGUCACGGGGUAGCUCCAAAUCUGACAAGGACAGCAUCCAAGAGGAAGGCAUGGACAGUGAUGCAGAGGUGUCCUUCACAGAUGAACCACCAAUGUCAGAGCUUGGCCACACUAACGGCAUUUACAGCAGCCUGAGCGAGUCCUCUCCAGCUAUGGGAGGCCGCCAAGCGGGCAACAACCACAACUCUUUCCCCCUUGAGCACGGCGUCCUCCCCUCUCAAGACCAGUUCCACGACAUGCGCUCCAACAGCCCCUACAGCCUUCCUCAGUCACCGGGGUCACUUCAGGCACUACCAAGACACCAGCCUCUCAUCUCCAACCUGGUCUACCCUGACUCUGCCCUUUCUAUCAUGGCCCAAGGCAGCGGUCCUGGGAUCAACCCUGCUGUGAGGGUUUCCAUGGGGGCAGCUAACGGCCCCAGCUCAGACCUCUCCACCGGCAGCAGCGGCGGAUACCCAGAUUUUCCAGCCAGUCCUGCCUCCUGGUUAGAUGAAGUGGACCAUGGGCAGUUUUGAUUGGUCAACAAUAAGAAGUUUGAGCUUUUUUCUGCAUUUUUUGUGUCUUCGGUUGGAUUUUAAGAGUUGGAAAAUAGUCUCACAGGGCUGUGAUUGUGUAAGGAAAGGAAGCAAAUUGCUGUCCCUGGAUCACAUCAAUAGCUGAUUGACAGGUUCAUUCGGUGUGUGUUAUCUGAAUGAAAGUAAGGAAGACAAUGCUCCUCAUUUUAAGGACUUGGCCUAACAAUUAUCCUUCAGUAGUAAUACUGUAUGCAAAGUAAGGAGUUUUUCAAAAAUUCUCCAUUUUCAGACACCACUAUAAGCUCUUUAAGAACAAUAUAGAGACCACACACACACACUCACAGAAAGUUUAGACAUCAACCUUUUGUUUGCUUUACCAACUCUCCCUCUCCACCCACUGCUCUUUGUCAACUAAAGUGCGGUGGGUGCAGAACUCAGUUCAACAUUCAAAGUCUUUAAAUGUCUGGUUGUUGCCAAAUGUCUAUAUAAAUAUAUAUAAUGGUUUAUCAUUGUGGAGACUUUAUUUUUAUACAAACCCCGUCUUGGACAUGAAUAAGAACCUGCAUAUGAGGACUUUGUACAUUCUUGAACAGGGAUAUAGGCAAAACUUGUAGAUGUUGUCUUAAAUGGUACCUAGGGAUCCAAUUACUUCUAUGCAUUUGUGUGUUCUCAGAUGUAACUUGUUCGUUUCAUUCUACUGGAAACCACCCCAAGGAAGAACUGUAGUACCCGGGGUCUGAUGUAUAUGUUUGUUUAUGUGGGAAAAAAACUGUUUUAUGUCUUAUUUAUUCUGUCUGAUAAUGAUGAUGAUGAUGAUUCCUAAUUAAAUGGCAGGACUUUAAUAAAUUUGUCACCUAAAUCAAAA